AUGCCACUUCACACCUUCCAGCGAAAAAAUCGCAAGGAAUCAUCCCAUACAGUCGAAAAGGAGCAAGAAUUUCGCAUGACCCAUUUCCCAGACAGGCCCCUGAAAAGAGUCGCAUUCAAAGACAUUCCCGGAGAAGCAGACUGCAGACGGAUAUUGUCAGGCUGGAAGAGUGGCAAGAUGAUGCCGCCGAAAAUGUACAGCAGCAGAAGAAUGAGUCGAAUCAUCGAGAGAGAGUCGGAGUGUAUGAGCGAUGUGCGUCCAGAAUUGCAGAGGAGGCAGUAUCAUGAGAAUUACGAGAAGCAAGGACUAGAGCAGUAUAUUCGUGUGGAACCGGGGUCGGUUCCAAGUAGCAGUCGAAUGGCAGAACAUGGUUUCAUAGAUCGAAUUCCUCCAGAACAUCAGCACGCGUCGGAACAGAUUCUUCUACCAAGAACGACUUACAACCCUCAGCUCGAAUCAAAAGCAACAGAGUCAUUGCCAAAAGCAUCCCAUCCAUCAACACCACCCUCCACCAUAUAUCCUCGCCGACCAACACGAUCCUCUACGCCACAUCGUCGAAGCCCUCCUAUACCUCCAUCCACAUGCCCCCUCUGCCACUCCUAUUCAAGAGACAACCACGGCGACCUCUGCAGCACAUGCAAAUCGGAAUUCGCAAUGCCAUUCAACGAUUUCUGCGAAGACGACGAGAGCAUUUUGUGUUCCUCUGCCUGUCUCCCCAGUGUCGAACAUCUCGCGCCCAAGGAGCUCUAUGGUUAUUCUAGUUCAGUGUACUCGUCAGAUACGAGUUCUACAGACAAUAAUAAACUUGCAACGUCGCCCCAAUUGUUAGGUGACGCUGAUAAUACAAUCUCGCCAGUGUCGUCAUCUUCGAGCAUGGAGGAUCCAUGUAUUCUAGGGCCGGAUACGAGGAAAUUGGCAAGUCAUCCGAGUCAGUAUGAAAGAACGGAGAUGGAAGAGGAAUAUCUGGAUUUAUAUGAUCGCGAUUGGGCAGAGUACUACUUUGAUGAGAGUAACUUUACUCCUAAAAAGGAUCCAUGGGAGAGUCUCUACAAGUACGUGUUGGUUCUACACAAUACAGCACAGAACAAGUAA